CUCCCGCUCUCUGAGUCCGCAUUGACCGCUCGCACUCGCGCACUUCCCCGGGCCAGAGGACACCCAACCAUACCGACGAACGACCAGCCCAGCAGCAGCAGCGAGCCGGAUCGAGCACACAGCACCGUACCGUCAUCGUUCGCCACUGCAGCAGCGGCUAUGGUGUACCUCACUCUUGCCGUGGCAUUAUGCUGAUGAUGAUGUUGAUGCUGCCAGCCAACCAGCAGGCUGGGCUCGGUUCUGCUACGCUAUGCUGGUUGUUGUUGUUGUUGUUGCUGUGGGGAGCCUCCUUCACGUUUGGUAGAGUUGCAGAACCUGCGAAAAAGGAACAAAAUUCUCAGUUUGCACCGAAAGGUUUUCUCAAUCGGACGCGAGAAUCAGGGUGGAUUCACGGUUUGUGGCGUUUGUUUUUGUAUUGUCUGUAAUUUCUGCGUUGUUUUAUAGUGACUGCUAACUAUUGAUAACUUGAAGUGCGUACGGCCUUUAGUAAAGAUAGUUCGGAGUUGAUGUCAUUGGCUGAUUGCCAUCGGCAUUCGAUUUCAGUUCGAGGAAGGCAACGAAACAACACUCGCAUGAUUUGACAGCAUAUUGUAAACAUUGCAUUUGUGUUUUCGACUACAGUACACCCCACUCGACGACAAGAACGUUUAACAUCGACCAGCGAAUCUCAUCCCAGUCAACAGAGAACGCAAUAAGUGGUGAAGAUCGUCUUGCUGCAGCCAGCAGUCCGCCGUCGGUUCGCGAUUUGGAAGUUCAAACUUCCCCACCUCCUCUCAGGCGCAGGCCUUCUUUCUACCACACGCGAAACGGCUCAUGAAUUAAUAAAUUAUCGAGACCUGUGUCGGUGGUUUCGGGGCUCGGGCCCGCUCUCUCUCGGUCGCGCGGUAGAGCAGAAGCGAGUGCAUAAGUAAAAAAUAUAAGAAAGAUAAAAAAGAUAAAUAAAGUGAUCUGGAAGGGAAUCGAGCGACGGUCUGGAAGGAAGCGCACUGCAGAAGAGCAGUUUAAGAAGAAGGAGCAUGAAAAAUGAUGCAAUUAUAUAAUUAAGAAGUUUGAAAUAUUUCUGUGUGUGUGAUGUGAGCAGAAGGAGAGUAUUAUUAUUUUCCACGGUUUCAAGUUUCGCGUGUUUUUUGUUUGGUGUGUUUUACCUACAUCGAAGACCACGGCUCCCCAGCGAUUAAGAUCGAUAUCGCACUAAUCCAACAGAAGGAACGCACUUCCACCAUCCCGUCAGUCAGCUAGAUUCGCUGUUAUCCACCGCCACCGCCGGCCAAUAUGGCGCCAGUAGAGUUGAGGCUGUCAGUCUGGUGGUUGAUUGUUUGUUUACUGACAGCCGCCUCAUUGAUCGCAAUAGGCCAUGCAGCGAUACCGCCGGAGAUGGAGAGGAAUACCGUUUCGAAAGCAGUGGCAAAAAAAGUGACAGCUAACGGUUCACCACCAACGCCGACGGUUGCCGAAGCGGAAAGCGCGUCGGCAAAACAGUGUCGUGAGGAGUGCUUGGCAAAGCACUCCACAAAGCAAUCACUCUGCUUCCAGCAAAGGAACUGCACAACGUGCCAAGAAAAAUGUGCAGCGCAGCCUUCCCCCACCGUGGAGAACGCCCACCAUCUGUCUCUGGUGCUACUGGAGAUGAUCCGGAACGAGUCGCUGGUGACGGCGGACGUAGCCUGGGUUAGCGCGAUCGACAGAUUCAGUUCGUCAACGUACGGCCAGCCUCAGCAGCACCAGUGUCUGGUAACCUGGGAAGUCUCCGGCGGAGGUCUAAUGGGCAAUCUGCUAACCGAGUCGGCAAGCGCACAGCUAUCGUUGUGGCCCGAAACGAACUACCGGGUGCAGGUGACCUGUCGGAAUAAGCACACCGACGCCCUGAUCCGUUCCACACCGAUCGUGCUCAACACAUCCGAAGCUAGUGUGGUUGGUGUGCGGCAACUGACUACUUCCAUUACGCUGCCAAGUGUACCGCUGCCGGAACUCAUCGAAGCCGGCGUCGAUAGUGAGGAUGCAGCUCUAGUGGAACUACAGGAUCUGAACGCGAAUCAGGAAACGGCCUCCGUUUACUCCGUUCGAGCUCAGCUCGCAGUUUGGCCAAUCUCUCGCGAAAGCCAGCAGGAAGUGAUUCUGCUCGGGGUGUUUGUAGCCCUGCUAACGUUCCUACUGAUCCUGCUGACGGUUGUGAUCUUCAUCAAGCGGAAAGCUCCUUCCUGUUCCGAGAAGGAAGCGUUCGGCGAGGAUGAAGGGUUGGCGGAGAUUUUGCAUGUUUGAGGUGCGGCGAGGAGGGUGGGCCCGUUCGGGAUCGCAAUCGGAGUCAGUAGGUUUUAAGAUUUAAGCAAACGAACGGUAGGUUAGGGACGAAGCUGGUAUUGACUGUUGCCAAUUUGAACUGCUGAACCGAAGACUUACUCGGGCGAACAACCAUCAACCAUGUAGUUUAGUAACCGUUAUUUAGGCUGUGAAACAUUUGGCUAAUAUUUUACUUUUGGUUGAAAUUUGGUAGUUUCAAAGAUGUUUCCAAAAACCCCUGCCUAGGAGAAUGGUUAACUUACACUGAUAAAAUCAAGUACCCAUUAAUGCGUAGAAAACUACUCAUUUUCAAUAAAAGUGGAAUAACCCAUUAAAUGGGUAAAGCGUUUGUACCCAUAAAUGAGUAAAGACCUUGUACGCCAACCUGGGUAUGUUUCACUCAUUAUUUUUCGCAGGCCUGGUACAACAAAAUGCGUAAAAAAUACCCAUUCAUGAAACUCGCGCCAGAAUGAAAAAUACUGUCAAUAGAAUUAUUUCUGAAUUUAAAAAAACCCCAAAAUAACAUUCAUUUCACAUUAUUGUUUCCUUAUAAAAGUAUAGGAAUCUAGAUAGAAAUCCUAUUCUAAAACUACUUAACAAAAUAAAACCGCCAACUGGAUAUAUUUUUGAUGGCUGGAUCCUUUGGCUGCUCUAAAAAUGCCGAACUGGCGCAUAUUUUCAACAUCCUCAGUAGUCUAAACAAACGUUGUUUUCGGAGCAUUGCCGAAAUGUUCCGUUUCCGCCACGGACUCCGAUGCAAGACGAUAAUUUGCAGGUUCCACUACGAUCCUUAGUUUGCAGGUUAACUCGCUUGAAAUAAUGCUUAAGGAUUUUUCACCCAUUAUCAAGAUCAAUAUACCCAUUAAAAUUAUCUCAUCGAGUAGGGUAGACGAGCCCUUAUUCAUCUCAUUAGUCAGUAUGUCACACUAUUUCGUUGAUAACUGGACUUAGAAUGACUGCAUUACGCUUAAAAAGGUAUCAUCAUCUUUGCUACGUUCCUAAGAAGCAGCGCAGUUAAAAUUUUUACAUGGAAAAUGUGAAAUGCUCGCGUUUGAGCGAAGCGAAAAGCCAAGUACAACGUACCCUUAUUCAUCCUAUCAUUUGAGCUAAUGCGUUGAAUAGAGAUAGCAGAUACUGCUCUAACUAAUGCGUUUAAAUUAGUGAGAUGAAUAGAGGAGCUAAGAUGAAUUAGGCAAUCCACGAGACGUUUCUGAUCAGCUGAUUAUUUCUUGUUUACUAAUUCUGACGUUACUCCGAGGGGUGCGACGUCCGACAAUAUCGUUGAUUCGAUACAACAUCAAACGAAUCGGACUAACAAAGUUGUUUGUCGGACGAGUUUUUCUGUUCGCAGGAGAAGACUUGUUGACAAAGCCGUGUGGUGUCCGGCGGGCUGAAAUCUUUUUGCACUAUUUCAACCAAGAAUAGAACCUCUGGGAACUGCUCCCAUGUCGUAAGAGGCGACUAACAACAUGCUAGGAGUUCCUAGGCCGAGGUUUUGUUCCGUACCGAAGACUUAAUCUGGGCGGACCUUAAGGUUUUCCAUAUUACCCUCUUUCCAGUCUGUAUUUAGUGAAUCACUGACAUAUACCUUUUCUGAUUCGCCUUUCUUGAUUGUGUACCAACGUUUUAAGUUUCUUCUGGCGGUUGUAUAUUAGCCGUAAAUGACGAAAUCUAAUUCUACACUAAGUAACAGAAUAUAUUAAUAUACCGGCACUUCCACGCCAAGGUUUAACUUCCAAAGCUUUGGCUUAAAAACCGUUUUUAAAAAAUGGAAACUUUCAUGCAGGAAAUUUAUUGAAUUGGCCUAAGAUGGAGCUGUCGAAUUUCACAAAAAGCUUUUUAUGUUGCAAGUGAUCUGUAGUUGUGUUAAAUUAGGUAUUUUUCUAUUAUAUUUGGAACCGUCUACCGACAAAUCUACAUUUACGAAUACCUCCAAAAGUGACUUCUUGAGGUCUCAUGAAGGCCUGACACUAGCUUUAUGAUACUUUUGCUUUUCUAAACAGUAAUAAAAAUCUCAACAUUCAAGAACUUCACUUUGUCAGAAAAUGUAGGGCCAUCGGAAGCUAAAACUUCGUAAAAUCGCACUCCUGGUCCUUUUUUCAGUGCAGUACUCUACGUCACUCGUUCAAAUUUGCACCGCUCUUAUGGUAGUCGGUAUUUGCUAGUAUUACUGUUCUCCCAUCCAUUCUGGUAGUCAAACGGUGGGAUAGCAAAAUUCUUACAAGUUUCCUAUCUCAUGCCUCCACGCGAUUCUAAGUCUAUUGAUGACAUUUGGUCCUUAGACCGCAGAAUGAGAGGGUGCGAACAGAAUGAGAGGGUGCGAACAGAUCUAGUCGAGAAAACAUUGCCGUAAAAAUGAAUAGUUGAUCGGAAAUUAGCCCCAAUACGACUAAUCUGACUAGUAUCUAUGAACACGGCUCAAUACGUAUUGAAAAUUCGCCGCGUCUGUUUUUAUGAACCUAAUUUAAAGCUCCGUUAUUGCUAACAAGCCCGUGCAUCAGAUUAACAAUCCUUUAUAUUUCCCUUCAGUGUUCGGUAUUAUCGCUCGUAUACUUGUAUUCCACAAACAAUCCGAUAUGGAAAAUAAGAAAUACUUUCCUUGAUUUAUAACAUCUCGCGCUAUUUUUGCCAGUAUAAUAUGCUGUCACUUGGUAGUUUUCAAGCCAAUAAAUAUAUCGUAGAGAAGAAGUAGCGAGUUCUGUCCAAAUACUGUUGCAAUAAAUAGUGAUCCGGCCCAUUACGCAGAUAAGAUUAGCUUUUCCAGGCAAUACUCCCACGAUCGGCUGUGUGGAGUUCAAAUUGUUUUUGUUUAGGGAACAUAGUAUACUCUCGGUAGCCGGCUGCCCAGAGUUUAAAAAUAACCAAAAACUAAACAAGAUCAUCUCUUUUUCGAGUGAUCGUGCACUCGAAGACUAACUAAACAACUACCUAAUAAAAUAUGCUUUACAGGUCGCAUCGUUUGCUUGGAGCGAAUCCUAGACCUGAUACCCUUCCAAACCACCAACUCCGCGACACCUAUGGAAGAGUCUGAUGAAUCGUCGUCCUUCCGUUAAGUAGGUGGAGCAUCAACACUUCCUGUCUACCUUAUCCUUUAUCCUUCCCCGUGAACGAUGGAGAUGGGGGCGGCCGGCAAUGAUGGCUAUCAUGCUGUUGAGGUUUUAAUAUGGGUCGGAUUGGUAUGAAUUCCUACUUACCACUUCCUAAGCAACUCUUAUUAGAUAAUCAGCAGUCAAACAUGAUGAAGUCAGUGUGCAAUCCGCCAAAAUCAUCGUCACAACGCAACGCAACGCAACGCAACGCAGGAGAAGACUUGUUGACAGAACCCACCGCUGAAUUGUCAAACAAACGUCUAAUGGAUUGCCUAAUUAGGGAGCAGUAACCCUAGUUGUGAAAUGGUUAAAAAGUACUCAUUGUUAGAAACAAAAAAUACCCAUUUUUUGACAGCUCGAAUAACUUCCGAAAAUGGGCAAUUUUAAUACAUAAAAUGGGUAAAGUUUUUUUACCGUGUAGAGCGCUCGAUCGUUAGAAGGUUGCCAUAUUCGUUUUAGGAAGAAAGGCGAGAACGCUUUAUUGCUUGAGUAAGAUUGUCAUUACUAUUUGGAAACAGAAAAGUCGAGAAAGAAAUGAAUCCACCUUAUACUAAACUUGUGCUUGACUGCCAAACAUAAUUUUACAAGCGACAAAUGUUUACACCUCGGAAUAUUUAGCUGCAAUCGACAAUUUAUAAUAACUAUUCAUCUGGCAACAAUCCAAAUAAGCCUCUCUAACCCGCUCGGACGUGCCUGGCAGGAUUCCCCCCAGAUAGCCGGCAGCGAAAUAAAAACUCUGGCAGAAUUUCUGGGGGUCUGGCUGGCAGAGCGCUGCCCAGCCGGCCGGCUCAAAUGCAACAACCGUUUCUGGCAGAAUUUUUCGCCUUACGGUUAUUAACGGUUUUUUCUGCCGGAUUUCUGCCAGACACGCACCGGCAGGACCGGUUUUUUACCGCUUCAGGUUUUGCUUGUAUUUUUUCUUAUUUUUUUUAAAUUUUAUGUAAAUUUAUAAUAAAAACAUGUCUGGAGACAUGAAAUUCAUAUUACUUACCUUGUUUGAAACCAAAAUCUUUGUUUCUUCUUAUUUUUUCAUCUGCCAAAACUAUCCUUCUUGGAAAAAUAUAAAUAUGGCGAAAAUGAAACAACGAUAAACAAAACAAAACCGGUGAGGCGAAUCUGCCUGCCAUAACUGGAAGGAGUAUAGCUGAAUUCUGGCAGCGCCAUUUUGAUAAUUUUGACAGCUGCCGGAAUCCUGACGGAUUUUUGCUGGCUGCCCGUUUUUCUUCCAAGCGGGAAAGAUUAAAUUCAACCAAGCGAGAGGAAAUAACUUAAUUUUAACCAAAAUAAAAUAUUUUGAUAUUUUCUAUGGAACAAUAAAAUUUAACCGAGAGAGCGACCCAUUUCAAAUGCUGAUAUUUGAAUAGUUAUUUAUAAAUAACAGCUGCAAAAAUCACGAGUUGGUAGAGGCGUGAACAUUUGUCGAUAUUUUAAUAUUAGUUUUUUGCUUAGUACAUUAAAUAUGACAGACAUUAAGUCAUAACUUCGAAAGGUAAUCAUGAAAUAAUCCAAACCAAACUUGAUACGAAAUGUUUUUGAAGUAGAAUACUUCUAACGUUUCAAUAUGGGGUCCCGUUUCAAAAAUUUCAGUUGAGAAAUUUUCCCAGGUUUGAAAUGCGAAUAUCUUCCGUUGUACUGGACGAAAUCGUAAUAUUUUUGCACUAUCUGAUCGGAAAUUUGUGCACGUAUUUCGUAUUAAAUUUCGGAAUUAAUGCGACUACUAUAAAUAAACCAAAACAAGGAUUUUUAGAAAAUCCUUCGGAAACAGCGAGGAAAAUAUGCAAUUUGCCAGCAUAUCCCACACAGAGCCGUCAAAAAGGAGCAUGUAAGCGUUUCAUUACAUACGGGAAUGUUAUAUAUACAGGUCACGCGAGCUUGUUUUGUAUCAGUGGGUGCUCGCUUACCACACGAGCAACAUGCUCGUCCGGACGGUACAAUGAGCGGUAUCAUGUUUGCGUUCCCUACCAAGCGUCAUCGCAAGGUUCUUCGUGAUAAAAUCCAGGGAAUCACCAAAUCCGCCAUUCGGCGUCUGGCUCGUCGUGGUGGUGUAAAAUGCAUUUCCGAUUUAAUCUACGAAUGCUGAUGGUGUGCAGGAAAAUGUCAUCCGAGAUGCCGUGACCUAUACUGAGCGGCAGGGACGCACAUUGUAUGGAUUUGGAAGUUGAAAAGGUAGAACUCACUUGUAUCAUUAUAAAAAAGGCCCUUUUCAGGGCCACCAAACUCAUUUCAAAGAAUAAGUUUUCAUUUUCUGUUUCAUGUACUGUUUCUCCCUGGAGAGCAAUUUGGGUUAAACCCAAAAUUAUGAUUUAUUUCAGUACGCAAAUUGCAAAUAUGGUCAGAAACAAACUGGAGUGAAGUGGAAAACAUUUUUACUAGGCGCAUUCAAAAAAGGUUUCAAUUCUCAAACAUUUUACCAAUGUGCCGUAUUACAUUACUCUCUUUACCCUGAGUGUUCGAUAAUCUCCGUAUUGGAAACACAAUUUCAAUUUUGUUCUUUAUCAAAAAUAUGUGGUCAACCAACGAAGGGGUGGAGCUUCGAAGAACACAUAUUGAGGACAACACAAAAAAGGACGAGCUUACAUUGUGCUGUAGUCAGGUAUAAAAACUCAGCAUGCUGUUGCUCACGCUCAGUUCGUUUCCAGCAUCAGCAUGCAGCAGUUCGUUUGCAGCAUCUCCCGCAAAAUUCAAACUGCCGUCCGUUUGCUGCUGUCAGAAGAGUUGGUCAAGCACGCCGUCUCAGAUGGCACCAAAACUGUUACCAUAUACACCAGCUCCAAGUAAAUUUCGAACACUGCCCAAACAAAAGGCCCUUUUCAGGGCCAUCAAUUUAUCGACAAAGAAUGAAAUUGAAGUUUUGUUAUUACAAGCAUCAUAAAGUGGCUUGUCAAGAGCGUUGGAUGGUAAGUGAGCCACUUGUGAACAAUACCGAAUACCGUCGCUUUCACGUAG